AUGCUUUCCCUGACGACUUCGACCACAGAAUCUCGACUUUUUUCCAUUGUUGCAACAUUGGGCAAAAACUACGACACAACAACAACAACGACUCGUGACAGCCAUCACUACUACUACCAACCACAAGGUGGCCUCAUGGAUGACUUUCUUUACCCUGUUCUACACCAGUCUCAAUCCCAAGGAGGUAGCAACUUUACCUUUGACUUGUAUUCGAGUUUGGUGGCUGGUUUUGAUGGACCUUUCAUUCUCAUCUUUCUAUUGACCUUCUUUGUGGCAUUGGGUAGUUACGUGUUUCAAUUCAAACAUUUAAAGAGAAAUCAUCAUGUACUGUUUUGGAUGAUGUUUGCUCUCUCACUGUUUGCUUCCUUUCAGAAUUUGACUCGUCUUGCUAGUGAGUUGGCGUUUCUGUUCCCAACGUCAGAUGGUGCUUUUCAUUUGAAUAAUGUGAUUAAGGGGAUUGAUCGAUCCAUGUCAGCUGUGUUGUUAUAUACUCAAAUUUUAAUUCUAGGAUUUAUUGCUUAUAUAUUUAUGAAAACUACACGGGCAACUGGUGACAUUUCAGAGAGAACUUACAAGAUAUCAGUGGUCUCCCUCAUCGUUACCUUGAUUUUGUUCUUUAUCUUGUUCAUGUUAGGACAUGUCAUGGUCAUUGUCAUUCUUCAUGCAAUGAGAGGAUCCAAAACCAUCACUGGUCUUCAAACCUCUCAAUUAACGAAUGCAAUCUUUACUUCACCAAUGAUUUUUAUGAGUUUGGGUUUGGCCACAACAGCCGUUUUCUUAAAUGCUUUUGGAUUUCGUUUGUACAUUUCCCUAAGACAAAGAAAGAAGAAAAUUAAGGAAAUGCUUAAAAAUACCAUGAAUUUAACUCUUGAAAUGAAUUCUCCAAGAUCCAAUGAUGGAGACAAGGAUUCAACCAACAUUAGCAACACUUUCUCGACAACGAAUAAUAAUAAUGAAGCAACCAACACAACGAUUCAUACAACAACCGUCACGACAGAUCUCUCUAACCAGACGCCUGGCACGCCUUCGACAUCAGCAUCUCCCACGGUUGGCUUUAUUAUUCCCAAGUCCAAUUCCAAACAUGUCAUACAAAAUGAGGUUAUGGAUCAGAAAAACAAGAAGAAUUUAUCCAGUAAGACCAAAGAUUUUAGUGAAACGUAUCAUCUCAAGAAACAUGCGCUUCGAAAAACACUUGGAUUACAGAUUGGUCUGAGUAUUGCUUUUUUCAUUCAAUUGAUUGGUUUGGGAUUUUUACCAGGAGCUCUUGGAUGGCAAUUCUCACUCCUGUUUUAUCACAACUUUUCAAAUUUUGCUCAAUUAUCCUUUGUGAUCAUUUUGUUGAUUAUUUUCAAUCCAUUGAAGGAGGUUCAGAGAUUGUUUGAAAAAGCUCCUAAUUUUCUCAACAAUGACAGUGGCAUCAACAAGAAUAACAACUCCAUGAUGAUGAAAGAUAAAGAAAAUACGCCCAUAGAGAGCGGUGAUGCUGCGAAUGGCAAAACACAAAAUGUUGACCUUUCUGUCAAUGUCUAA